UUUAGACAACGCCAAAACUUUGACUUUUCAACCAAAUUCAAUUUUGAUUUAUCUGUUGAAUAAUAACUUUGAAAUCAAAUUUGCCUUAGAUGGAUCUGAUUUUGUGACUACGGUACUUUUUAUUUGACUUUGAUGAUUUAAACAUUCCAGUAUUUCUCCUUCACAGGACUGUUCUACAUCAGAAUAUGCAUUAAAGGAACCAGCUGCAUCAUCGUAUUCUUCAUCCUUGUCACCUUACGCAGUAGAUUUCGUCUGACAUGGCCUCCUCCCCAGGGCUAGACACUGACACGUUACCUCUGCUUCAGCUCCAGGAGGUCGACUCCGGCAAAGCCUCAGAGAGGGCUGGCUCCCCAGGUCUCUUGCCCGCAGUGUACACCUCUCCUCGGGGCAUGGACAGCCACACGGUCUACAUCCCCUCUCCAUACACGGACAAUAGCCACGAGUACAACCACGGACAUGGACCACUGACCUUCUACAGCCCAUCUGUGCUGACCUAUGCCAGGCCGCCCGUCACUGAAAGUCCAUCAUCUCUGUGCACCCCCCUUAGUCCAUCAGCCUUCUGGCCUCCCCACAGCCACCCCAACAUGCCCUCACUGACCCUGCGCUGCCCACAGCCUAUCGUCUAUAAUGAACCCGGCUUACAGGCCCCCUGGCUGGAGCCCAAAUCGCACAGCUUCAACGGCAGCAGAGUCUUUGGUUCUUCCUGCAGCUCCAUCCUCGGCUGUAACAAGCCGCUGGGGAAGAGAUCAGAGGAGAGAGUGGAUGGUGUGAACUCCUCCUCGUGUUCAUCUGCAGUAGGGAAAACCGACAUGCACUUCUGUGCUGUGUGUCACGACUACGCCUCGGGGUAUCACUACGGCGUGUGGUCCUGUGAGGGCUGCAAGGCUUUUUUCAAGAGGAGUAUCCAAGGGCACAAUGACUACAUCUGCCCCGCAACAAAUCAAUGCACUAUUGACAAGAACCGGCGUAAAAGCUGCCAGGCCUGCCGCCUACGUAAAUGCUACGAAGUGGGCAUGAUGAAAUGUGGUGUAAGGCGCGAACGCUGCAGUUAUCGAGGAACCCGACACCGCCGUGGUGGCCUCCAGAUUCGGGAUACCGCAGGCAGAGGUUUAGUCAGGGUGGGGCCGGGUUCACGGGCCCAGCGGCAUCUCCACCUAGAGGGUCCCCUAGCCCAAGUCGGCCCCAUCCCUCAGGUGAACUAUGUACACCAUGCAGCCAUGAGCCCAGAGGAAUUCAUCUCUCGCAUCAUGGAGGCAGAGCCUCCGGAGAUCUACCUCAUGGAGGACUUAAAGAAGCCCUUCACCGAGGCCAGCAUGAUGAUGUCCCUCACAAACCUGGCUGACAAAGAACUGGUCCUCAUGAUCAGCUGGGCUAAAAAGAUCCCUGGUAAGAUCAAAACUGUCAAGUUGAAUUUGUUAACAUAGGAGGCAUGACUGUGAUGUGA